GUGUUCCUUCUCCCAAGGAUUACUGCUGAGACUGUACUACAGAAAGAUCAAAGGCAGGCAGUGUUUUCCGUGCUCUCUCUGUCCUGCCUGCUUAGCGUUCUCUCACUGCUUUUCUUCACUGUUCUUGCACGAAAGAGAUCUAGGGUGACAGGAAAGUGAUGAUUCAUCUGACAUCAGAUGGAGUCCUUUUUAUUUGCCCUUUUGUUGGCCUCAGUCUCUGAUAUUGGGAACAUCCGUGUUAUGUUUGUGAAUGUUUUUAUUUCACGGAAGACACACAUGGAUUGCAGUGGGACUCUGAUGAUUUAAAGGUCUGAUGCGUGUGGCUGUCUGGUAGCUCUUUGUUUUCUACAAUCCUUUGACCAGAAAAAGAAAUCAAAGUGUGUUUUAAUCAUGCUGACCAGCGAGGGCCAGGGAUUCCUUCACUUUGGUUUGUGUCUCUGGUUGUGUAUGUUCAUACCUUUCUUUAAAGGCUCUGCAGGCUGUGCAUCUGAAGAGAGGCUCUUUCACAAACUGUUUUCUCAUUAUAACCAGUUCAUCAGGCCUGUGGAAAACGUUUCUGAACCAGUCACGGUGCAUUUUGAAGUGGCCAUCACACAGCUGGCCAAUGUGGAUGAAGUAAACCAGAUCAUGGAAACCAAUCUGUGGCUACGUCACAUAUGGAAUGAUUAUAAAUUGCGCUGGGACCCAAUGGAAUAUGAUGGCAUUGAGACUCUUCGUGUUCCUGCAGAUAAGAUAUGGAAGCCUGACAUCGUUCUCUACAACAAUGCUGUUGGUGACUUUCAAGUUGAAGGCAAGACAAAAGCUCUUCUUAAAUAUGAUGGCAUGAUAACCUGGACUCCACCAGCUAUUUUCAAGAGUUCCUGUCCUAUGGAUAUCACUUUUUUCCCUUUUGAUCAUCAAAACUGUUCCCUUAAAUUUGGUUCCUGGACAUAUGACAAAGCCGAAAUUGAUCUUCUAAUCAUUGGAUCUAAAGUGGAUAUGAAUGAUUUUUGGGAAAACAGCGAAUGGGAAAUUGUUGAUGCCUCUGGCUACAAGCAUGACAUAAAAUACAAUUGUUGUGAGGAGAUAUACACAGAUAUAACCUAUUCUUUUUACAUUAGAAGACUGCCAAUGUUUUAUACCAUUAAUCUGAUCAUCCCUUGUCUCUUUAUUUCAUUUCUAACUGUGCUUGUCUUUUACCUCCCUUCUGACUGUGGUGAAAAGGUGACACUUUGUAUUUCAGUUUUGCUUUCUCUGACUGUGUUUUUGCUAGUAAUCACGGAAACCAUCCCAUCCACAUCUCUUGUGAUCCCACUGGUGGGUGAGUACCUACUAUUCACCAUGAUCUUUGUCACCCUGUCCAUUGCGGUGACUGUGUUUGUGUUGAACAUUCAUUAUCGCACCCCAAUGACACACACCAUGCCCAAGUGGGUGAAGACAGUUUUCCUCCAGCUGUUACCCCAGAUCUUGAUGAUGAAGAGGCCUCUGGACAAGAUGAAGGAGACAAGUUCAGAUAAAAAUUCCAAAGGCAUUUCUGGUAGGCCCACCAAAGUCAAUUUUGAUAAUUGCAGAGAGACCAAACUUCCUAAAGAAUGCUGCCACUGUCAUAAAUCAAGUGAGCUUGCCACCAGCAAGAGAAGAUUAAGUCAUCAGCCUUUACAAUGGAUGACUGAAAAUUCAGAGCACUCGCCUGAUGUUGAAGAUGUAAUUAACAGUGUACAAUUCAUAGCAGAAAACAUGAAGAACCAAAAUGAAACAAAGAAGGUAGAAGACGACUGGAAAUAUGUAGCCAUGGUGGUGGACAGAGUAUUUCUUUGGGUGUUUAUAAUUGUCUGUGUGUUUGGAACUGCAGGGCUAUUUCUACAGCCACUACUGGGGAACACUGGAAAGUCUUAGGAUGUAUUUUCCUUUUAUCUUUUGAAACUUACAGAUGCUGUAUUUGUUCUAUGUUCCCUUCCAUGAGGAAAGGGACAUAAAGCUUUCCACCUAAGUCCCCCAUCUACUGAAGCUGAUGGUUAGAUGGAAAAAGAGGACUUUAUUGCAAAUUUGGAGGCUGAAUGCCCUCCUUUGUAGCACAGAGCACAUUUAAGAUGUUUGAUAACACUGGAGCCCAGAAUUGGUGGCACCCACAGGCUUCUCUUCUCUGUACAUGUUUGACUUCCAGGGACAUAAACAACCCAUAAUACAACAAGCCAUGUAAUCAACAUCAAAGCCAUGCUAAAAAGGCAUUCUCUUGUACCUCCAGUUUAUGCUACUUGUCAGUAUAUUGACACAUGCCAGACACAAAACUCUGGAGCUUGUACCUUGCUGGCAUCUGCAAUGCUUGGGAACUGUUAUGUGCUUGCUUUUUAAUACGUGCCUCUGGGAUGUACUCACACACUUCAACACUUUUUGAUAUAUUAAUUGGCAAAAAGUAAUAGCAGGUAGUCAGAGUCUAUCUCAGCAGGCUGCAUCAAGUUAACAUUCAUCUGGCAAGCAGCUUGAGUGGUAACCCAGCACUGUGCUGGGCAUUGCAAGCACAACAGAAAUGGGUUCUGUCCCCAGGUGCUUGCAGCUUUUUAGGAAAAGUCAUAAACACAAAGAUCUCCAAGACCAGGUAUCAUGGGAAUGUAACUAAAGCAGCCAAAAUAAGGAGAGCAUGAUGUGGUAUGGCCAUGCAAACAUGAAGCAGGCUUUGCGGCAGGUCAGAGAGGUGUCUGUUCUUGCCAGCAGUUUCCAUAUGUUCAUUGUAGCUGAGACUGCAAAUAAAGUUAUUUCUUCUGCAAGAAAUUGUGAUUUUGUACUUUUUUGGAGCAAUACCUUUUCUGAGAAGGAGCACCUUGGGAAUUCUGUUUUAUUCCACUCUAAUUUAUCUUCAUAUUUGUUGUAUAAAUAUUAUUGUAAUUUUAAAGAUGUAUUUCAAAGCAGAAAAAAAUAAAUCUACCCUAACAAAGAAACUAAUUUCAUUUCUGCCUUUUCUCGUCUCAUCCUCUUCUCUGUGCACCCAUAAUUUUACACUUCAAUUUUACCUUCUAAUUUUGUAUGUUGCUGUUUUCUCAAAACAUGUCAGGCGACAUUUUUCCAAGAUGUUACGUAGCCUUGAAUGUGGGGUGUCCUGACUUUGUGGGGGCUGGCAGUGCGGGCCGUGGAAGAAUUUUCAUCCAAGGCAGAAGAACAGAGAUAAAUGUUUAUUGAAUACAGGGCCAGGGAGCAGGACAGCAGAGGAGAGACUGUCUGCAAGGAGGCAGUGGGUAGAGGCCAUAUUUAAAGCUGGAAGAUGAGGAGGUAUGGGGAACAUAUGCAAUUUUCUCUUUUUUGGUACCUGUGCCUGUUUGUAAGUAGCCCAUUGGUCAAUUAGGGCCUAUGGCCAUUUUGAGGUGGGUCACUUAAUGGCUGGCAGUCUUCAUGGGCCCUUUUGCCUUGCUUAGGUUUCCAUUGCUCAAGCCCGUUGCCCAAAAAUGGCCUCUACAUUGAAGUAUACUUUUUAUGAUUGCAUAAUCUCCAUUGUGUUGAUAUUCCAUAACUUCUAUUACCUCAUGUUCGUUCUUCCUUGUCUACCUUAUCCAGGAGCAUAAGGCUCUCUGUAGUGUACCAGGCAGAGGUCUUGAACUUGAGCUGGAACUCUGUUUAAAGUAUGUUUACUGCCUCUCAUAUUUGUGAUCAUAUCUAUAUUUUAUCUUUCUUUCUUACAAUGGGUUUGAUUUACUUCAUACAUUUUUCUUAGUAUUAAACCAAAUCAAUAUUUAAUAUCAUUGUUUAAAAAGUUUUAAUUAUGGUAAAAUGCACAUAACAAAAUUUACCAUCUUCACCAUUUUAAGGAUAUGGUUCAGUGGCAUUAAGUACAUUCACCAUGUUGUACAGCCUUCAUCACCAUCCAUCCACAGAACUCUCUCAUCUUGUAAACCUGGAAAUCUGAACCCAUUAAUAGCAACUUCUCAUCCCAUCUCUCUCCACCCUGUCACCCCUGUCAACCACCAUUCUACUUUGUCGCCAUGAAUUUGAGUAUUUUAGGUACCUUAUAUGAGUGAAAUCAUACACUAUUUGUCUGUUUGUAACUGGUUUAUCUCCUUAAGUAUAGUCUUCAAGGUUCAUUCAUGUUAUAGCAUGUGUGAGAAUUUCUUUGCUUUUAAAAUAAUAAUUAAUUUGAAUUUAAGUACAGUUGACAUUGGCACAAAAACAGACACUCAGAUCAAUGGAACAGAAUAGAAAACCCAGAAAUGGACCCACAAACGUAUGGCUAACUAAUCUUUGACAAAGCAGGAAAAAAUAUCCAAUGGAAUACAGUCUCUUCAGCAAAUGGUGCUGGGAAAACUGGACAGCAACAUGCAGAAAAAUGAACCUGGACCACUUUCUGACACCAUACACAAAAGUAAACUCAAAAUGGAUGAAAGACCUCAAUGUAAGAUAGGAAGCCAUCAAAAUCCUUGAGGAGGAAGCAGGCAACAACCUCUUUGACCUUGGCCGCAGCAACUUCUUACUCAACACGUCUCUGGAGGCAGGGGAAACAAAAGCAAAAAUGAACUACUGGGACCUCAUCAAAAUAAAAAGCUUCUGCACAGCAAAGGAAACAAUCAGCAAAACUAAAAGGCAGCCGACAGAAUGGGAGAAGAUAUUUGCAAACAAUAUAUCAGAUGAAGGGUUAGUAUCCAAAAUCUAUAAAGAACUUAUCAAACUCCCCACCCAAAAAACAAAGAAUCCAGUGAAGAAAUGGGCAAAAGACACGAAUAGACACUUCUCCAAAGAAGACAUCCAGAUGGCCAACCAACACAUUUUGAAAAAAUGCUCACUCAUCAUCCAGGAAAUACAAAUCAAAACCACAAUGAGGUACUGCCUCACACCUGUGAGAAUGGCUAACACGAACAACUCAGGCAACAGCUGAUGUUGGUGAGGAUGUAAAGAAAGAGGAUCUCUUUGGCACUGCUGUUGGGAAUGCAAACUUGUGCAGCCACUCUAGAAAACAGUAUGGAGGUUCCUCAAAAAAUUAAAAAUAGAACUACCCUACAACCCAGCAAUUGCACUACUAGGCAGUUAUCCAAGGGAUACAGGUAUGCUGUUUCAAAGGAGCACAUGCACCCCAAUGUUUAUAACAGCACUAUCAACAAUAGCUAAAGUAUGGAAAGAGCUCAGAUGCCCAUCUAUGGAUGAAUGGAUAAAGAAGAUGAGGUAUAUAUAUACAAUGGAGUAUUACUCAGCAAUCAAAAAGAAUGAAAUCUUGCCGUUUGCAACUAUGUGAAUGGAACUGGAGGGUAUUAUGCUAAGUGAAAUUAGUCAGAGAAAGACAAAUAUCAUAUGACUUCACUUAUAUGAAGACUUUAAGAUACGAAACAUGAGGGAAGGGAGACAAAAAUAAUAUAAAAACAGGGAAGGGGACAAAACAUAAGAGACUCUUAAAUGUGGAGAACCAACAGAAGGUUACUGGAGGGGUUGUGGGAGGGGGGAUGGGCUCAAUGGGUAAGGGGCAUUAAGGAAUCUACUCCUGAAAUCAUUGUUGCAAUAUAUGCUAACUUGGAUGUAAAUUAAAGAAAUAAAUUAAAUUUUAAAAAAUGAAGUACAGUUGACAUAAGAAUUUAUUUGUGGGGCGCCUGGGUGGCUCAGUUGUCUGGGCAUCUGACUUCAGCUCAGGUCAUAAUCCCCCAGUUGAUGAGUUUGAGCCCUGCGUCGGGCUCUGUGCUGACAGCUCAGAGCCUGCAGCCUGCUUAGGAUUCUGUGUCUCCC